AGUAGCUUGAGGUGUAAUUUGGAACGAACAUUUCGCCUUUUACAAGGAAAAAAGCCAUUGACACCCCCACAGCGUCAGCUGCAUCCGUUACAGUACCAUUGCCUUAAACAGUAGCAAUUCGUCGUGCCAUAUCCGUAUUUUUAUUGGUUAGCCUUGGCGCCUUCGAACUGUGGGUCGCUGGACAAGAAGACCCAGAUCUUUUUUUCCCCUUCAACGUAUUAAUUCCAGGUGAUGCUUGUAUAGCAUUGACAGGUAGAAGGUUCUAAUGGCAGACAACCAAGAAAACAGCGCAUUAUUUCCGAUUUUCAUAUUGUCAGUGAUCUGUCUGCCUUUAGUCCCUUACACCGUGCUGAAAAUUUUUCGUGCUUCUACGAAGAGUAAAAGGAGAAUCCACUGCGAGUGUUCAGUGUGCACACGAUCUGGAAAAUACCGCAAAACAAAUUCUCAGAAGAUAUCAAGCUUCUUUAGCUGCAGUAAUUUGACCAUUGUUUUGCUUUGGUUGGUAGUUGGCCUACUUGCUUAUUCUAUUAAGCAAACCGGACGCGAGAUUCAAGUGUUUGAGCCAUUUAGCAUUCUUGGACUGGAACCUGGAGCUUCAGACUUAGCAAUAAAGAAAGCCUAUAGGAGGCUUUCUAUUCAGUACCAUCCUGACAAAAAUCCUGAUCCUGGUGCGAAUAAGUAUUUUGUGGAAUACAUAUCCAAGGCCUAUCAGGCUCUGACAGAUCCAAUUUCCCGUGAAAAUUUUGAAAAAUACGGGCAUCCAGAUGGUAGACAGGGUUUUCAAAUUGGAAUAGCUCUUCCGGAGUUUCUACUUGCUGGUGCAUCCGGUGGAGUACUGUUAAUAUGGAUUCUCGGUGGGCUUAUUCUGUUGCCACUGAUCGUUGGUGUCAUAUAUCUGUCAAGAUCGUCAAAAUAUUCUGGAAAUGUCAGACAUGAAACUGUGUCUGCCUAUUUUAAAUUAAUGAAGCCAUCACUUGCUCCAAGUAAAGUAGUGGAAGUUUUCAUUAAAGCUGCUGAAUAUAUGGAGAUUCCAGUUCGGAGACAAGAUGAUGAACCCCUUCAGAAGCUUUUCUCAAUUUUAAAAGGAGAGCUGAACUUGGAGGGAAAGAAUUCCAAACAGGAGCAAGCAAAAUAUUGGAAGCAACAUCCUUCACUGAUUAAGACAGAGUUGUUGAUUCAGGCACAUUUAACACGUAAAACGGAGACUUUAUCCCCAGAUUUGCAAAAGGACUACAAACACGUGCUACAAUUGGCCCCUCGUCUUUUGGAAGAGCUAUUUGUGAUGGCUGCUCUACCACGCACUCCUAAGGGACACGGAUGGCUGAGGCCUGCAGUAGGAGUGAUUGAACUUUCCCAAUGUAUUGUUCAGGCUGUUCCUCUUAGUGCAAGGAAGGCGGUUCGAGGAGGGUCUGGCGGUGAAGGUGUUGCUUCAUUUCUGCAGCUUCCACAUUUCAAUGGUGCAGCUUUUGAAAAGAUAGUACAAAAAGCUUGGACCUUGCAGGAUCUCCAAGACAUGACCUCUCAAGAACGCUCCAAGCUGCUCAUGGAAACGGCUGGUUUCUCCUCUCAUGAAGCGCAAGACAUUGAAAAGGUUCUGGAAUUGAUGCCACGUGUCACAGCUGAAGUCAGUUGCCAGACCGAAGGGGAGGAGGGAAUACAAGAGGGAGACAUCGUCACAGUCCAGGCGUGGGUGACAGUAAAACGCACCAAUGGAUUGAUUGCCUCCCUCCCCCAUUGCCCAUUUUACCCCUUCCCCAAGGAAGAAAACUUCUGGUUUUUACUUGCGGACGCGGAUGCAAACGACCUCUGGUUCUCCCAAAAGGUCACCUUUAUGGAUGAAGCCGCAGCGGUAACUUCUGCUUCGAAAGUGAUAGAGGCUAGACUGGAAGCUUUAGGGAAGGACACGGAGCAAGUCAAUGCCGCGGUCAAAGAAGCCGCGGAACGUGUCAGGGGUGGGUCCCGGCUGGUGACUGGGAAGAUCAGAGCUCCUGCAGAAGGAAACUACAACCUGACUGGUUAUUUGUUGUGUGAUGCGUGGGUGGGAUGUGACAAGACGGUAAGCGUGAAAGUCAAAGUGUUGAAAAGGAACAGAGGUGGGUCCCGCGGGGGUCGCAAUGUGGGGAGUGAGAAUCAAGAGAAUGUUCUAGAAGACGUUGAGGAAGAAGAGGAUGAUGAUGAUGAUGAUGAUGAUGAUGAUGAUGUUAAAAGCGAGUACAGCGAAGAUGAUGAUGUAGAGGAGGAAGAGAAGCAAGCCAUUAUUAAAGGUUCGGAGCAAACGAAGGAUGCGAUGUGGAAUCGUAUCGAGGAGAAGUUCUUCACGGCGAUGAACAAGGACGGCUCCUACCGAACCCGGGACCAACUCACUUCCAAAUGGAGCCACAUCAACCGUAAAGUCCGAAAGCUUAUCGCAGUUUACGAGGAAUGCUCCCACUCCUGGAGGAGCGGGACGAACGACGCCGAUGUUCUCCGGCUUGCCACGGCCCGGUAUCAAGACGACGGGCACCAAGGCAAGGUGCCCAUCGAUCUUUGGAGGAUUUUGAGUCGUUCCCCGAAGUGGCAACAACUCAACAAUCCCGACGGCGGAUCGUUCUGGAAAAGAUCCUCCGUCGACGCCGAGGUUGAGGUCGACGAGACUAUCGGUUCGACCGAUCAAAUCCCUCCCUUCAACGUUGCGGAUUCCGAUGACGAGGACCUCAUUCCACGGCCGAUCGGAAGAAAGAAGGCAAAAUCCAUUGCCUCGGGUUCAGGAGGGUCCGGCUCUGUUUCCGUUUCUUCUCGUGACGAAAUCGGCCGGGAAAUGAAGAGGAAGGCUACUAAUCACCUAAUAUCCAUAAAGAAUACAGAACAGAUCGUUGUUGAAGGCAAGCUGGCAGUAUCAGAGGUGUUGGUUGAGUUUUAUCAAAAACAAUUGGGCAGAUCUAAUCCAACUGAAGAUAUUAAUGGAGAGAUUAUCAGAAUGGGAGACUGCUUGACAAUUAGACAACAGUUGAAGAUAAUUUCCCCUAUUACAACUGAAGAAAUUAAGAAGUGCAUGUUUGAAAUUCCCAAUAAUAAGAGUCCAGGUCUUGAUGGAUUCAGCAGUGGAUUCUUUAAAAGCCAGUGGAGGAAAGUGGGGGGCCUGGUUACCCAAGCUAUUCAAGAAUUUUUUAUAAAGGAGGACACUAUCAAACAAAUCAAUGCUACAAACCUUGUGGUCAUUCCCAAAUGUGAAGAUCCCAAAAGCCCUACUGAUCUUAGGCCAAUAGCUUGUUGUAAUGUCAUAUAUAAAGUUAUAGCUAAGAUCAUCUGCAAUAGACUUAAAAAGGUCUUGCCUAGUAUCAUCAAUUUGAACCAGGGAGCCUUUGUGGAAGGAAGAGAGUUGGUACACAAUGUUCUUCUCUCUCAAGAACUUGCAAGAGGAUACAAUAGAAAGAACAUCUCUCCCAGGUGCUUAAUGAAACUGGAUUUACAAAAAGCAUAUGACAAUGUGAGCUGCAAGGCCAUCAUCCAGAUCCUCACUUUGUUGAAGUUCCCUUCAAAAUUUAUUAACUGGAUAAAAUACUGUGUGACUACUACCUCGUAUUCAAUACAUUUUGCUGGAGAGAAUUUUGGUUAUUUCAGAGGGGGUAAGGGCAUUAGACAAGGAGAUCCAAUUUCUCCUCUGCUGUUUGUCAUCAUUAUGGAAUACUUGUCAAGAGCUUUUAUGUGGUUUGCAUCUAAAGAGCAUUUUGGUUAUCAUCCAAUGUGCAAGUCUCUGAAACUCAUCAAUAUUAUCUUUGCUGAUGAUCUUAUAGUAGCCUGUAAAGCAGAUAUAAAAUCCAUCACCUGUAUUAUGAGAGCUUUGCAACAUUUCAGGGAUACCACUGGACUCAAUAUCAAUCAGGGGAAAUCUGAAAUUAUCUUUGGAGGAAUCAAACCUCAGGAGGAAAUCGAGCUACUGCAGUUAACCAAGAUGAGGAAAGGACAACUGCCAUUCACAUAUUUGGGGGGGGUCCUAUUACCUCAUCUAGAAUCAGUGCUAAGGAUUGUGAAAGGCUUAUUGAGAAAAUGACAACUAAGAUCACUGCAUGGACUUCAAAGAACCUCUCUUACGCAGGCAAAUGCAAACUGAUCAACUCUGUGUUAUAUGGUAUUAUUGGUUUUUGGUGUAGACUGUUUGUAAUUCCUACUAAGGUGAUGAAGCAGGUUCAAGACCUUUGCAGAAAUUUCCUUUGGGGCUCUACCCAAGAAAGGAAAAGAAUUCCU